CAACUUUCUUCUUUACAAUGAAAGAAAUACAAAAUAUUAAUUUCCGUUCUAGUGAAGAUUCUAGUAACGGUUCUAAUAACGGGUCCAAUAACGGGUCCAAUAAAAAACCCAAACCUAGCAAUAAUCAUAUUGUAUCUGAAUUCCCUCGAAAGUAUUACUGUUACCGUCACAGGCCUGAUCUUCAAAAGGCCAGAAUGACAAACGAACCUACUAUGGAGGAACUUUUAAAA